AGAGCUAGCAGAGAUGAAGGAGUUUGAAGUUAACAGAUGUGUGAAGCCACAUGGCUUUGGCACAGUGACAGAAUACCAGUUGCAUCAUUUUGCAGAUGCCUCAGAGAAGGCUUAUGGAGCAGUGUCCUACCUUGUCAUGAAGAACACCAGCAGUGAGCUACACAGCAGUCUGGUGAUGGCCAAGUCUCAUCUAGCGCCAUUAAAAACAAUGACGAUACCUCGUCUUGAGCUUGCAGCAGCGACCCUUGCUGCUAAGCUUGAUGUUGCAGUGAAGAGAGAGUUAGAUGUACAGGAACCGAUCCACUCGACAUUCUGGACAGAUAGCACCAUUGUGCUGCAGUACAUUAGAAGUACAGACGGGAGGUUUCGCACAUUUGCAGCCAACAGAAUAGCUACCAUACAUAAUGCAUCAGAAGCAAGUCAGUGGCAUUAUGUAGACACAAAGUCAAACCCUGCUGAUGACAUAUCAAGAGGGAUGUCAGCCGGUGAGCUUAAGAAGAGCACAAGGUGGCUACAAGGACCAGAGUUCCUCCUAAUGCCACAAGAACACUGGCCAAAGGAACCACAAGUUAUGGAACCCCUAAGACAGAGUGAUCCUGAGCUUAAGAAAAGCAAGGAGCAAGUGCAGAUAUUUGCUGUAGAUUCCGAAGAGAACAAGGCGACAGACAAACUACUCCAACACUACUCAUCGUGGCACAGGCUAAAGAAGGCUGUAGCAUGGAUCUUGCGAGUGAGAGAGUACUUGCAGAACAAGAAUGGACGUGUGCCAAGUGACAUGAAGAAGCCACUAACAGUAGAUGAUCUUGACAAGGCAGAACAAGCAAUCAUCAGACACGUUCAACGACAAGCCUACACAGAUGAAUACCAGACACUGCACACAACCGCCAACCCUGUGAAGAAAUCCAGUCCUCUCUACAGACUGGACCCAAAAAUCAACAGUGAAGGAGUGAUGUGCGUCGGAGGGAGAUUGAAGAAUUCCAAGCUGCAGACACAAGAAAAACAUCCUGUCAUCCUUCCAAAGAAGAAUCACAUUGUCGAGCUAUUGGUGAGACACUUUCAUGCUGUAUCAGGUCACUCAGGGAGAGAGCAUGUUAUGUCAUUGGUGAGACAGCGGUACUGGGUGAUCGGAGGAAGAACCACAGUACGACAGGUGUUGCAUGAUUGUUUUGUGUGCAAACGCCGAUCAGCUUCACCCAGCAUUCAGAAGAUGGCCAAUCUACCUGAAGACCGAGUAACCCCUGAGAAACCACCAUUCAACUACGUCGGAGUAGACUGUUUUGGGCCAUUUUUGGUCAAGCAAGGCCGAAGUCAAGUGAAAAGAUACGGCUGUAUCUUUACCUGUUUGGCGAUUAGAGCAGUUCACAUCGAAGUUCUGCAUUCUAUGGAGACCGACUCCUUUCUCAAUGCCUUGCAGCGAUUCAUGGCCAGACGCGGUCAACCAGAACUGAUCAGAUGCGACAACGGCACCAAUUUUGUCGGAGCUGAGCGUGAGCUGAGGGAAGGGAUCAAACGAUGGAACAAGCAGCAGGUCCAUGAAUAUCUUCUUCAAAAGGGGAUCAGAUGGAAAUUCAACCCACCGGCAGCGUCCCACAUGGGAGGACCCUGGGAGAGACAGAUCAGAACAGUCAGGAAAAUUCUGAACACUGUAAUGAAGCAGCAAGCUCUGCAUGACGAAAGCCUAUCAACCAUGAUGUGCUUGGUUGAAUCAGUGAUCAACGGACGCCCACUUACAGUAGUAUCUGAUGACGCGAGAGAUCCAGAACCCUUGACGCCAAACCAUCUUCUCCUGUUGCGUCAGAACGGCGCAUUGCCAGUAGAUAUAUUCCAGAAGCAAGACCAGUUCAGCCGUAAAAGGUGGCGACAUGUGCAGUAUCUUGCGGAUGUCUUUUGGCGCAGAUGGAUACGAGAAUAUCUACCCACACUGCAGCAGAGAGGCAAGUGGAACGAGCCAGUACGGAACAUUGAGGUCGGAGACAUCGUUCUCAUUGUUGAGGAUCAACCGAGAAACCAGUGGUCCUUGGGGAGAGUCGUCGAGAUCUACGCUGGUGAAGACAAGCUGGUCCGAUCAGCAAAAAUAAAGACAAGGUCAACCACACUCGUCAGGCCCAUCCACAAGCUAUGUCUGAUGGAGUCUGCAGAAGCCAAGGAGAGAUGAGGUAUCAACCUUUAUAUUGGAGAGCUUUACACCAGUUUUGGAGUACGGAGUAGGCAAGAGGAGAGUAUCAGUGUGUCAUUUGUGGAAUUUACACAUGUAAAUGAUGUCAUGCAUUGAAGUAUGACAGAGGUGCGAGCCUAGCGCCGCCUCUUUUGUGAGCCUUUGAAUUGGCCACACUCCACCCUACAUGUAUCAGGCUGAAUCGCACACCUGUGGAGCACCGGAACAAGUCAAGAGAGAAACAGUCAUCUCGGACAAUCGAACGUUUCUGAGUUGGACUGCGCAAUCUUCGAGAACAUUGCAAGACAUUUUGUAUCCAUGAUUGACAAUGAUCAGAGUGCCACUUUAAGUUUGUCAAAUCAAGUGAUUUUCAGAUUUUAUGCAAGUUGCAUUUAAAUGUUGCUUAAUUGUGUUAUAAUUGUUGUUAUUACUGCAUAUGAUUACUGCCCAAAUUGGAUCUCAUCUUGAAAUUCUACUGAUUGUGGUAAAACAUUUUUCAAGACACCGUAGGUAUGUGAUUUGUAUUGCAUGUGACAGUGUUGCCAAUCUCUGAAAAUAGUUUGGAUUUGAUUAUGCAUGGUAUGUUUGAAUUCCUUGUGAAAUUUGCUACUGCUCAAGAGAAAGUUACAGUGGAAUUCUAAGUAGAUGAAGCACAAUAUGCGUGUAUUUCUAUCAGAUCUGGAGUCAAGUUGUAAAACAAGCAGUUUUUCUAUUUGCAGUUGAUUUCCCCAUGAUGGAUCAGUUAAUGUUCAGCGUAUUAUAGCCACAUGUUAAAAUGUUCAUGUUUGUUAUUACUAAAGUAGCAGUUUUAGAAACUAGUUCAUAGUUCGAGUUAAAGGAGCAACAUAGUUCAGUGUAAUUUUAGUAAAUGAUCAUAAUUUAGUAUUCUCAUUUAAGGGGCCGGGAUGUUGCGGGUAGGAAAGUUUUCCAGUUCGUUCGUGACGUCAUAGGCGUAGAAUUUUCUUGGUCAACAGAGGGCGCUCUCAGCGCGCCAGUAUUGUCACAUAUUUUUGUCAAGUUUGUAGAAAUCCGUCAAAAGGUUCCUUUGAUUUUGCAUCAUUAUUCGAUACGCCCAAUGUUAUUGAACCGCAUUCGCAUUCAACUUCUGAGUGUACAAAACCCGUCACACAUUUUGCUAUUGGUACAAUACAUGGGAAACAGUUAAA